AUGAUCACUGCGUUUGUAGAGCGGGAUCAGCGGGAGUGGGACGUCCACAUUAACGAGUUUAGAUUCGCGUACAAUUCCGCCCACCAUACGUCCUUGCAAACUACCCCCGCCUUUCUUAACUACGGCCGAGAACCGCUACCGGUCGGUUUACAUCGCGAAAAGGAUGUCGGUGUCGAGAUAGAGGAGGCGAACCCCGCUGAGUGGCGCGAACAUAUGGGAAAGAUGGGCGCGUUACGUGAGUGGAUCGCUGAAAACUUGGAAGCCGCGCAAGAGCGGCAAUCUAAGUACUAUAAUCGGCACAGGCGCGAAGUCACAUUUAACGUAGGCGAACAGGUACUGAAGAGGUACCACGUGCUAUCGGUAGGCGCACAGCACUUCUUAGCAAAACUAGCCAAAAAGUUUCAUGGCCUGUUCAUCAUCCGAAGAAUUCUCUCACCAGCAGUCUACGAGUUGGCCGAUCUAACAAGUGGAAUCGUUGGCAAGGUCCAUGUCAAGGAUCUUAAACAGUACCAUGAGCCUUUGGAUGCCUAG